AAUAUUUUCAACAAACAUGAUCUGUUCUUUUUAUUCAUUUUUUACUUCAUCUAAAUUUAAAUUAUACAUUUCAGGCUACACGACUAAUGCAUUAUUCAUCAUUGCUAUAUUUUGUUAUCAGUAGAGCUAAUUGUGCAAUAAUGUCAGUGAUUAUUUAAACGAAACCAGACUUGAAUUAUUCCUUGGUUUCCAAGUUUUAAUUUGUGUACUUAAAGGGUUUCAAAUUUUAUAUAGAAGACUAUCAUAAAAAUAUUUUUUACUGCAUUUGAUAUUUUAAAUUUGAUUAAAAAAUGCAUAUAAUCUAUCAUUAUGAUAAGCGCUUUGUCAGAUCCAAGGCUUUUCAAGAUAACUAUUGCUGUGGGGAUAAGUGUACUCAGGUGGAACCUGUAAUUCAUAGCUUCCACAAAGCGACUGAAGAGAUAGAAGUGAAUAGCUCGCCCAUAUUGGAAAAUACUGAAUUAUAUAAUUUUUUUAUUUCCUAUAUAGGAAAACAAAAAGUUUCCUAAUAAAACAUAAGUCCUUGCACUGUUUAUCAAUCGCCUAUCACUUAAAUGUUUCGGAAAGUAUGUACCGUGAAAUCGAUCUUCGGUGCUGUGCAUUCGUCCACCGAGGCAUCUGUUGCAUCGAACGUAUCGCCCAGAGUGCAGCAGUUCAGAGAAUUAUUAAAUCGUACAAGUGACAAUGACAUGCUCACAGAUUCAUAUGGAAGGCAUCAUACAUACCUACGUAUUUCUGUUACCGAACGCUGUAACCUCAGAUGUUUGUAUUGUAUGCCAGCUGAGGGAGUUAAGUUGACAAAAAAUGAAGGUAUUUUAAAAACAGAUGAAAUAAUCAAAAUAGCAGAUCUAUUUGUAAAGGAAGGUGUAAAUAAAAUACGCUUAACCGGUGGGGAACCAACUGUUAGAAAGGAUAUUGUAGAUAUUAUCAGUAACCUGAAACAAUUGCCUGGCUUGAGACAGGUUGCAAUUACUACCAAUGGAUUAACAUUGCCACGUCAGCUACCAUCGCUUCAGAGAGCUGGAUUAGAUGCAAUAAAUAUUUCACUAGAUACAUUAAGGGAAAAGCGUUUUGAACAAUUUACACGUAGGAAAGGAUGGUCCAGAGUCAUGGCUGCAAUCGAUUUAGCUAUUCAAUUAGAUUACAAACCAGUGAAGGUGAAUUGUGUAGUAAUGAAAAAUUUCAACGAUGACGAGAUAGUUGAUUUUGUUACAUUAACGAAAGACCGACCGAUCGAUGUACGUUUCAUCGAAUAUAUGCCUUUUCAAGGGAAUGAGUGGAAUCAGAAUAAAAUGAUUCCCUUUAAAGAUAUGAAACAACUUAUUAGGGAUACGUAUCCUGAUCUACAACGUCUUCCAAACGACUACAAUGACACGUCCAAAGCAUAUCACGUUCCUGGAUUUACUGGUCAAAUCGGAUUCAUUACGUCGAUGAGCGAACAUUUUUGCAGUUCGUGCAAUCGUUUAAGAAUAACCGCAGAUGGUAAUUUAAAGGUUUGUUUGUUCGAAGGAAAGGGAGAAGUGUCCCUUCGAGAUGCCUUACGGAACGGAGCAUCCGAUGAUACUUUAAAGGAAAUGAUCGGAGCCGCAGUACGACGUAAAAAGAAGCAACACGCAGGAAUGUUCAAUCUAUCCAAGAUGGAAAAUCGACCAAUGAUUCUGAUUGGUGUUGAAAAGAAAGUCGUACGAAAUUACAAUUACUUACGCGUUAACGUGUCGCGCCAGCAUUUAAUGAUCGGCGCGGGAUUAGAAUUCAAAAUCAGCGAGACCGCGAGAGCGUUCUCAUCACUCUCGCACGUGGAUCCGAGCGGUAAAGCGAGCAUGGUGGACGUCGGUUCGAAAGUCGACACUAAACGCGUCGCGAUCGCGAGAGGAAUCGUGCAAGUUGAUUCGAAUAUAAGCAAAUUGAUCGCCGAGAAUAAUGUGAAGAAGGGCGACGUUUUAACAGUAGCACAAUUAGCCGGUAUUAUGGCAGCGAAACGUGCUUCCAAUUUGAUACCGUUGUGUCAUCCACUUCCGCUGACUUACGCGAACGUAUCGCUGCGUUUGGAUGAAGAAUCGCAUCGUGUGGAGAUCACGGCGGAAGUCAGAUGCACCGGUAAGACCGGUGUAGAAAUGGAGGCUCUGACCGCUGUUAGCGUCGCUGCUCUAACGGUUUACGACAUGUGCAAGUACGCGGCGUCUCCGAAUUCGAUGAAGAUAACGGACAUCGUAUUAGUUUCUAAAACCGGUGGUACAAAGGGUAAUUUUUAUAGAGACUAAACAUUCCAUUCGAAGAGCAUAAUAUAUCUAAUUAAAGAUAGAAGUAAUUUAUACAAACAAUUUUAUACAUAAAUAUAUAUAUAUAUAUUUUAAACAAUUGUGCAAUUGUUAUAAUGUAUUCAGAUUUUAUUACGUUUGUUGUUACAUAGAAUUUAUAUCUUUAGGACUACUACGAGAAUACGUACGUGCCUGUGAAACUAGAAAUUAAGAAAAUCGGUAUAUAUAUAAAUAUUUAUCUUGAUUGAA